CAAUCUGAGACGCAGCCUAUAUAAAUUAAAAUAGAUGCGAACACCAACUUGAGAGAUGAACUGCAACUCAUUAGAUUGAUCAGGUGUGUUGCGCGCGUCUGCUGCGCUCUCGUAGCAUCUGAUUGGUGAAACUUGCCUCGGUUGCACUAGCGUGCACAAGGAGCCUUUCUGAGGAGCCGAUGUGCUCAUUAUUGCGCUGUUUCAAAGUUAAGGUGACCGUCAGACCUCCCCGGACUUAUCGACAUCGACAGACAUAUGUACGGGCUUAAUUUUGACCCAUAUGGCAGCCGUCUUGACUGACUCUAGCGUAAGUUACAGGUGUUAGUCACGCACUGAUCGCUCCUGAUGAACCGUGACUGCAUGUAAUGCGCGGGGAAUGUGCUUGUGGAUGGUCUGAAGUGACUCAUACUUGUUCACUGUGGAGCUGGACCACACAGCCGGACAUGAUGAGGAGGUUGAUCAUGGUGCCGCGGACGCAUUUCGGAGAGGAAACGCAACUUAUGUUUUCAUCCUGCGCCAUGUAACUUUGGCACCGACAUGUAAACCAGAGUAAAACGACGGGUUGGACUCGUACCGGCAGGCUUUUUUUUUUUUUAAUAAAAACCUGGGAAUCUUUUAUCCGGUUCAACAUACGCACGUGUACUCCUCGCAAGGAUGCCUGAUGUCCGGGGUCUGUACAUUGGGAUGGAGGUGCUCAUUGCCCUUUCCUCUGUCAUUGGGAAUGUGAUGGUGGUCUGGGCUGUGAGAAUCAACCGAACUCUACGGGACACGACCAUUUAUUUCAUCGUCAGUCUGGCUCUGGCAGACAUUGCGGUCGGGGCACUUGUCAUUCCUCUGGCUAUAACCAUAAGCAUCGGACUGAAGACUCAUUUUUACAGCUGUCUGCUCGUUGCAUGUACUGUACUGGUACUAACGCAAAGUUCAAUACUCGCCCUCCUGGCUAUUGCUAUUGACCGCUAUCUGAGGGUCAAGAUACCAAUGAGCUAUAAAAGAGUGGUGACUCCAAAGCGUGCAGGCAUUGCAGUGAUGGUAUGCUGGAUGGUGGCCAUCGUAGUCGGCCUGACGCCCAUGCUGGGCUGGAACAAUCUGGAGAAGCUACGGCAGACCAAUGGCACCAUAGGUGCUGACCUUCUCGUGACCUGUGAGUUUGAGAACGUCAUCAGCAUGGAGUACAUGGUCUACUUCAACUUCUUCGGAUGGGUGCUGCCACCUCUCAUCCUCAUGUUGCUCAUCUACGCUGAGAUCUUCUACAUGAUCCACAAGCAGCUCAACAAGAAGGUCACCGCCAACCAGACCGACCCCACGCGGUAUUACGGCAAAGAACUCAAGCUGGCAAAAUCUCUCGCGCUGGUGCUCUUCUUGUUUGCCGUCAGCUGGUUGCCAUUGCAUAUCCUGAAUUGCAUCACUCUCUUCUGUCCUAGCUGUGACAAUUCAAUGUGCCUUCUUUACGUGGCUAUCUUGCUCAGUCAUGGCAACUCCGCCGUCAAUCCCAUCAUUUAUGCAUUCCGCAUUAAGAAAUUCCGGAAUGCUUUCGUUAAGAUCUGGAAACAGUAUGUGUGUUGUACGGAGGAUCCGCGCCUGGGCAAUCGGCCCAGCUUUCGCAUAGAUAGCAAAGAGAGAAGACUGCGGGACAAUGACAUCUGACGCUGCGCUAAACAGGUCUCCUCUAUGAGAAGCACUUUUUAAAAUAUGACAGUAUAAAUGAGUGUACUAGGAAAAUGCAGUUUGGAAUGUAUGCUGUCAGUUUUGAGAAUUCAUUCAACACAGAAAUGGAGACGAUCGAACAUUACAAACUAAUGUUUCCUUGAAAACUCAGUGGUGCAUAGAAUGAAUUGCAUCGUUAGUGAGGGACCAUUAAAUAAAUGAAAAUGGCCUGUUUUAGAGGAAUAGCACCACAGUAUAACUGGCAUUCACAUCUGUGGGUAAAAUCUUUAUUUGAUUAUGAUUUCCUUUUGUGCUGUGGUUCAUUCAAACGUGGCUAUUACAUAAAGGGCUUCAUAUAAUGAGUGCAAAACUGCAGACUCGUAAAUGUCAGCGCUUAUGAGUACGCUAAACUACACUCGCCUUUAGUCAGGAGCAUAAACCCGUCUGAGGACUUUCAGAAAGGACAUUGAGGUGUGAUCUGAGGUCGCUUUUAUAUGCCAGAAAAUUCAUGUUUUGGGAAGUAUGCGAUAUGGAGUUUUUUUCAAGAUGAGCGCAAAUAGGAGGCAGCUAGGCCCACUUUGUCUUAAAGGGAUAGUUUAUAAAAAUUUAAAAUUUUGUCAUUUGUGUCAUUCCAAACCUGUAUGAGAAGAUAUUUUUAAAAUUGUCCAUAGAAUUAAAGUCAAUGGGGUUUGGAGUUGUUUUGGACCCUAUUGACUUUCAUCCAAAACAGCUGAAACAUUCAUGAAAAUAUUUUAGCAGAAAAGUCUUACUGGUUUGAAUAUAAGAUGACAGAACUUUCAUUUUUGGGGUGAACUAUCACUUCAAGCAGAACCAUUAACAGCGAUGUUGCUUUUGUCUUUUUUUUUUUUUUUUUUUUGUAGAUGUUUCGGUCUAAAUGAAAUAGAUUGGCAUAUUAAUACUUCUCUCUACUGUAUAUUUCACAGAAUAACCACUGGAAAUUCAUAUUGUUUUUUUGUUUUUUUUUGUGAGAAGAUAAUAAGAAAAUAAGAAAUGCAGCCUUCAAUUUCAUGGCAUGAUGUUCAUAAUGGAACAAACUGGUUUACAUUUAAUAUUUAGCUCAAAACUGUGGGCCUGAGAAAAGAUGUGAAAAGACAAGACAGGAAGGAACUAUGAAUAAAUCUAGAUUGAAUGAUACUGCCGGAAGUCUAAUUUGUUCUUUUUUUUUUUUUAAAUUGAGAUGCGUUGUUAAAAUAAAUGAUGCAUAACCUGUGAGGACAAUCGCAGUUGGAUCUCUCAAAUGCUCAGGCCUCUCUUUAAAUUGUAAGAAGCCAAGGACAUUUAGAGCUUCACUGAAAUUACUCAGUUCUCAAGUAUAUUGGAAGAAAAACUAAACAGACCUUGAUUUUGACUUGAUGUCCUUUAAAAUAAUAGCCAGUUCUUUUGAACAAGGUCUGAUAAAUAGUUUGACCUUUUCAGACUGACCAAUCCUAGAGUAGUCAAUUCACACAAUUCUUGUGUUUUGUUUCCUGUGAAACAACUUUUCUCAAACUUCCUGGGUAGAUCCUACAGUAGGAUCAAAGCUUACGCGGUGACUUGUGUUUCCGCUUCAUCAAUGGUAUUCAGCAGACCUCCGUUUUUCCUUUAAUGUGUGCCAACUAGAGAACUGAACUAGUUUAAAGGAGUAGUUCACUUCCAGAAAAUAAAAUUUACAGAUAAUUUAUUCACCCCCCUUGUCAUCCAAGAUGUUCAUGUCUGUCUUUCUUCAGUCGAUAAGAAAUUAUGUUUCUUGAGGAAAAACAUAUCUCCAUAUAAUGGACUUCAAUGGUGCCCCCCGAGUUCGAACGUCCAAAAUGCAGUUUUAAUGCAGCUUCAAAUGGCUCUAAACAAUCCUAACAAU